UAUCUUUCGUGUCAAAGGGCGCUGAUAUCGCGAAAUGCACGUACGUUACCCGGGUUUCACAAUAGACAUGAUAGCGCCUGAUGAGGUUGUGUCAUCAAAUUGAAAUUCCUCAUCAAGCAAUGUUUUAGUUUUUAUCACAAGGCUUCUGACAGGAAAUCCUAUUGAUCUGCAGUGACAUUUGAUCACAUGACAUUUACGAAGUCGUGUAUAUAUGAGUAACACAGACGCGUAUCCUGUUCAACAAUGUCGUCGCCGACCAUAAGACACAUCAGGACUAUCGCCAAAAUCAAAAUGGCCGCCAAGAAGCCAAGCGAUGGGAAGACCCAUGUCGUUGGGCAUGUUUUCAAGGAUUAUGCUCAGAGAGCUACAGUUCAUGGGAUCCCGCAGACGGUUGGAGCUACUAAAUACUGCGGUCAACGGUUCAUAUGGCUGGUUCUUCUCCUGGGCUUGGCCAUAUCUCUGACUAUUGUCGUCAGUGUGCAAAUGACGGAUUACUACACGUACCCCACCGUCAUCAACAUGGCGGAACGUCCGUUCGACGAAGACGACUUCCCUGCCAUUACAUUCUGCGAUCCUCCUCCACUCAGUCCAUUUUCCUUCCUGGACAACGACGACGAUGACAACGACGACGUGAAGGUCUUCACCCUCUUGCGAACGGGGCCCCUUGCGCCGCAUGGAUGUCUGCACAUGCGUGGUUCAGAGGAAGCGGAAAGGGGAGAGUGUUUGCUGACUCACAGCCGGAACAGCGUCCGGAUGAAACUGAUAAAAUGUGGUUGGAACAAGCUGCAGUCCAAGGGAGUAUGUGAUGAAUAUAUCUACCCCACCACAACAACUGAAGGGUCGUGUUUGACCUUGAAUUCAUCACGGAACAGUUCCAACAGCGUGGGACAGACCUUGACCUUUAAUGUCAUCAUUGAACUGGAUAGCUCUGUGACCAGCAUUGGCCAGAGGGACGGGAUACAGAUUGCCCUUCAUCCCAACAACGAGUACCCCUUCCCUGACGUGAAGGAGGCACACUUCAUUCCAGCUAACUCCAGCUGUAUCGUCAAGUUUGAAAAAACUACGAGACACUCCCUCGGUCCGCCGUACAAGGAUAUGCUUGGGGGCAGGUGUUUCCCUGACCAGGAGGCCGACCAGCGGUCACUCUACCGGUACCCGUACUACAGCCAGAAGGCGUGCCAGAGGGAGUGUCUGGUCAACUACACCUCGGACCAGUGUGGAUGUAGGUUCUACCUGGAUAGAGGAAGCGAGGACCUGUGCUCAGCUGGUCAGACAUGGCACUGCUUGGAGAACAGCGGUCAAGAUUUCUAUGGCAACAAGAGCUCUCAGUGUGACUGUCCGUCUCGGUGUACUCGUGUGGAGUAUGAAACGUUUGUCUCGUGUACCCCACUGACUUCAAUCCACGCCUCGGCUCCAAUGGUGCAUCUGACGUUCUUGCAGUCAGGACCGCUGAAGAUGGAGAUCGAGCAGAUACCCGUUUACUCGGUUGAAACCAUACUGGCUAACAUCGGAGGCCAGAUCGGGCUGUUCAUGGGCUUCAGCAUCGUGUCCAUGGUGGAGAUUCUAGAGGUCGUGGCCAUCAUGCUGUUGACCCUGGUCACCCCCAAGGUCGCGCAAAAGGUGGGGAAGGGCGAGAAAAAGGAAAUCAAGGAGGAUGAUGGGAAGCUCGAGGCACAAAGUGGACAUGGUGACCACACACUAUGAGUGACAUUAAGGUUGAUAGAUAGAUGCUGCAGUUGUCACGAUGGCAGUUACGUCAUGAGUGUACGACAAGGACACUGCACUGAUGAAUGUACUUGAAGAGCAUCUGUGCAUUCACAAAUCGCCCAGACGUUUAUUGUGUCACAAAAAUGUAUCUGGAGCGGACAAAACUGUACUUGCAACGGUUGCCAUUCAGUUCCUUGAUAGAGCAAAGAAAACGAUGGUGAUGUUUUUGUUUAUGACUAUGUUUGCGUUUUGUAUGGGAUUGAAAUUUUGGCCCUGUUUUGGAUCGAGUGGACCCGGUUUGCGCAGCCAUAUUCUCAUUGGUUCAGGAUCUCUAUACCUAUUUGUUGUUUAAAAGACAAAAUAGUCCUUUGAUAAUUUUUUAAAUCCGAAUAUGAAUUUGCUGGUACUCGUGAAAAUAAGACGGUGACAACAUCGUCAUUUUGGCAUGUAAAUGAAACUCAAUGUAGAUUCUGCUCGCAACCAACAUUGUAUACAGUAUUAAAACGAAGAGCUUCAGCAACGCGAUGAAUAUAUCCCUGAUGAUCCAGCCAUUGUCGCUUGUAAAACCCGUGGAUCCUGCAGGAGGACCUUUCAUGUGACCUGGGGCAAUUCAGUACCAUGAAAAGACUAUCUAAGAAGGGACAUAGUUGCCAAUCACAUUCAUGCCAAGAUUAUUUUUCUUUCCCAGGUUAUUAUUUUUCCUAUGUUAGCAAGUAUUUUCCAGACUUAUUCUUAUUGGUUAUGCCAACUCUUCAAAAACUAAAUGACUUUUGAUCAGCUGGCUUGUUGUUUUACGCCGCAUAUAGCAAUAUUUCACAUAUAUGACGGCGUUCUGUAAAUAAUCGAGCCUGGACCAGACAACCCAGUGAUCUACAGCGUGAGCAUUAAUCUGCACAGUUGGGAUACGAAGACGUGCUUAUAACCUUCCAACCGUUUGACAGUUCAUUGAUGAUGAUGAUGAUGAUGAUGAUGAUGAUGAUGAUGACGAUGAUGAUGGUUUGGUGUUUUACGUGCGCUUUCCGACAUGAUGCAUAUUUUGCACAGAAGUUCUGUCUCCUUUGAAGACUUUUGGAGAUUGGCGCCACCUAUGACAGGUCUCUUUGACAGGAGCCAUGCGGUGGUAGUAUUCAAACGAACGCCAAAAAUAACAUUUCGACACCUGUCCAUACUGCCUUGACAAAUGUGAAACCUUGACUUACAAUUCAAAUGUAAAACCUCACAGGUCUAACUUGAUUGUAGUUUCUAUCACAACGUUAAUAUGAAAUAGUUUUAAAUCAGGAACACUGCAAUGACGUGAGUGAGUUUAGUUUUACGCCGCACUCAUGAAUAGUCCAGCUAUAUGGCGGCGAUCUGUGUUUAAUCGAGUCUGGACCAGACAGUCCAGU